AUGUUUGCUAGAGGGAGCAAGCGGCUUGCCUCACAACGCUUCUUGCCGUCCAAAAGCCCGCGAUGCUUUGCCCCACGAUUAUGUCCCUACUUUACUGCCCGACCUCAAGAACCAUCGAAGGAAUCUGUGGUGGCACGACGAUAUAGUCCUUACAUUGUCGUUGCAGGAGUGACUACAGCUAUAUCCUUAGGAUAUUAUUACACUAGGGAUAGACCGGAAAGUGCUGGAGAAACCUCGGAGUAUCAACACCCAGAGCUCAUUGUUCAGGAGGCCAAAACCCGCAAGAAUUUAUCAACAGAAGAAAACCGGGAAUCACUAAGUCCGCAGCAUGUCCAGGUGAAGAGAAGUUGGGAGCGGCCGGGGCUGUAUGCAUGGGGGUCUAAUACGGGGUUGGUUACAAACCCGGACUCGAAUGAAUUCGUUGUCAAGACUCCAAGGAGAAUAUCAUACUUCGAUGGCAUGGUUCUUCGCGAUGUCAAACUUGAUCAGAGUUUUGGUGCCGCUAUUACAGAAAACGGGGAUUUGAUUCAAUGGGGAAAAGGCUAUUCGAAAACAGAUUACAAACCAACGAAGACGCUCAAGGGGAAAAACCUAGUAUCACUUUGUAUUUCGGCGGACAGGAUCAUUGCGUUAUCUUCUGGAGGCAAUGUUUAUUCCCUCCCUGUAUCAAAAUCAGAUCAAGAGAAUGGGUGGAAACCUUUCGAAAGCUCCUGGAUUCCAUUCUGGCGAAACCGAGCUGAAUUGAGUUACCGCCCUCUGCAGCCACAACUUGGGUUGGGUGAAAAGGUUACGGCGAUCAGUAGCGGCCUUGAACAUUUGCUUUUAUUAACAACUUCUGGUCGUGUAUUUUCUGCUGCUGUUAGCUCGGAACAUUUUCCUUCCCGUGGUCAACUGGGUGUUCCGGGCCUGACGUGGAGCAAUCGGCCCAAAGGACCAUAUGACUCGUGUCAUGAAGUUAGAGAGCUGCGCGGGAUCCAUAUCACAAAUAUCGCGGCUGGAGAUUAUCAUUCCCUUGCUCUUGAUAAAACCGGACGGGUAUUCGUAUUCGGCGACAAUAGUUCGGGCCAGCUCGGACUAGACACCAAUGUCAAUACUCCAUUCAUUGAUACGCCACAAAUUCUUCCGCUCGCCAGUCUUUAUCCUGCUAAUGGCUGUGAGAUAAAUACAUCAAGUAUUGCCGCUGGAGGCGCAAAUAGUUUUUUUAUCGUCAAUACAAAAAGGGUACUUGGCCCAAUGGAGAUUCCAGCCACGGUAAGGGACCUAGGCCGACUCACUACAGAUCUUUGGAGCUGCGGGAAAGGGUUGUUCGGUGUCCUUGGGACCGGGAAGUGGACUCAUGUCCAAAGCACGCCGACAAAAAUCAAGGCUCUUAGUGGUUUAUUUGAGUAUAGUGACGCUGCAAAGAAAGUUGUUCCCAUUGGUAUAAGCCAUAUUUCGGUAGGCGCAACCCAUGCUGCGGCUGUUUUGAGCAACUUCACCAAUGUUUCAGCAUCAAAUGGCGGCUCCCAGACAGAUACGAAUUGGGGUGCAGACGUUUUCUGGUGGGGAGGAAAUGAAUUCUACCAAUUAGGCACCGGGAAAAGAAACAAUAUUGCCUCCCCAACGCACAUCCACCCUCCUGCUGACGUUAUAUCCCGCGAACGUCAGGGCGAGGACAGUCGAUUUCAAAUUACCCCUCGCCGCACUGUUAAAUUGGACGGGAGAAAAGUGAGCCUAGAGCAGCGGGUCGAGUGUGGGCGGAAUGUCACUGCUGUGUACUCUGCGGUUUAA